CUCAUCUAAUUAGCUAGCUCACGAGCUAUAUAACUGCCAGCCAGCUAGCGAUCGAGCCAAGUCCAAGGACCAAGCAGACCAACUACUAAUCAUGGCCAAGCUCUGCGCCGUCCUCCUCGCAGCCUGCGCCGCCCUCCUGGCGCUCGGUGCAGCGCGGUCGACCCUCGCCGGCGACCCCGGCAUGCUCCAGGACCUCUGCGUCGCCGACUACAUGUCCCUUCAGGGCCCGCUGAGGGUGAACGGAUACCCGUGCAAGCCUGCGGAGAACGUGACGGCGGAUGACUUCUUCUACGGCGGGCUGGCGAGCGCGGCCGACGUGUACGGCGGCGGCAACCCGAUGGGCUCCGUGGUGACCACGGCCGACGUUGAGAGGCUCCCGGGGCUCAACACACUGGGCGUCUCCAUGUCCCGCAUAGACUACGCGCCGUGGGGCGGCACGAACCCGCCGCACUCGCACCCGCGCGCCACUGAGAUCCUCUACGUCGCGGAGGGGACCCUGGAGGUGGGCUUCGUCACCACCGCCGGCAGGCACAUUACCCGGGGCGUGCCGAGGGGCGGGGUCUUCGUGUUCCCGCGCGGCAUGAUGCACUACGAGCGCAGCGUCGGUGAGGCGCCCGCCGUGGCGAUCUCGGCGUUCGACAGCCAGCUCCCGGGCACGCAGAGGCUCGGCGAGGCGAUGUUCGGGGCGACGCCGGGGGUGCCGACGGACGUGCUGGCCCGGGCGCUGCAGACCGACGGCGGCGUGGUGGAGAGCAUCAGGGCCAAGUUCCAGCCAAAGUAGGCCGCGAGGACGUACGUGCGCCGAGAGCGUAACACGCACAUUAGGGCAUGUACAAUGGUGCUAUCUUAGGAGUGUCACGUAGAAUAAAUAAUGAGGUGGAGGAGAGAGAACUCAUAAGAAAAGGCUUGUCUUCUCUUAUUUAAGAUAAGACAAGAGAUGAUAUCUUAGCACAAUAUGUGUCACCAUGUUUUAGGAAUAACUAGUUAUGAAGAUAAGGCUAAGAAAUGACCCAUUGUAGA